GAAAUGCAUGCUAACUUUGCAAUACUGGCUUUUUAUGUUCUGGGAAUCGAAUUUCAUUCUCCCACACUGAAUUUCAAUUAACAUGCUUGAAUUUGAUCUUUUGAGAAGUUGAAAUUUAGUUUUCGGCUUGUUUGGCUUCAAUAAUGGCACUAGCUCCUCUUCCAAAAGUGAUUCUAGGUUCAUUUGCCUUUGCAAUCUUCUGGGUGUUGGCAGUUUUCCCUGCUGUGCCUUUCCUUCCCAUUGGGAGAACUGCAGGGUCCCUUUUAGGUGCCAUGCUUAUGGUCAUCUUCCAAGUUCUAUCUCCAAAUCAAGCUUAUGCUGCCAUUGAUCUAGAAAUUCUGGGUCUUCUUUUUGGGACAAUGGUCGUGAGUGUAUAUCUUGAGAGAGCAGACAUGUUCAAGUACUUGGGGAAGUUACUGUCUUGGAAAAGUAAAGGGGCAAAGGACUUGCUUUGUCGAAUCUGUCUGAUUUCUGCUAUCUCAAGUGCUCUCUUCACUAAUGACACUUCUUGUGUUGUUUUGACUGAAUUUGUAUUGAAAGUUGCAAGGCAGCAUAAUUUGCCUCCCCAUCCAUUGCUCCUUGCUCUUGCUUCAAGUGCUAAUAUUGGCUCCUCCGCAACACCAAUAGGCAACCCCCAAAAUCUGGUAAUAGCCGUUCAGAGUGGCAUAUCAUUUGGUCAAUUCUUGAUUGGGAUUCUUCUUGCUAUGCUUGCGGGGAUUGUUGUGAAUGCCUUGAUUCUUCUGUCCAUGUAUUGGAAGUUAUUGUCUACUCAUAAGGAUGAAGAAGAUGCUGCCGUAGAAGCUGUAGCAGAAGAGGAGGUCAAUUGUCAUAGGUUUUCUCCGGCCACAAUGUCUCACUUGUCAUCCCACAAUUCUCGAGAAUCGAACAAUUUAGAAUCUGUCAGCAGUAUUCAAAACUCUCCGCAGGUUCAGAGUCUGAGAAACCGUGGAAACUCAGGUGAAGUUCAUUUGGCAUCCAACAACUCAGUGGAUUCUGCAAGAAACUCAAACGCAUUAAAGGAUGAGAUAAAUGGCAUGACUUCCCACACAAGGGAUGAGAACAGCCAUUCAGAGGAAUUCGCAGUUGCAGAUAGACCAAGUGAUACAAACUUCUUCGAAGGAAAUGACCUUUUCAACCCACAAUGGAAACGCAUAAUCUGGAAAGCUUGUGUUUGCACGAUCACAUUAGGAAUGCUAGUUGCUUUGCUAGUGGGAAUGAAUAUGUCAUGGACUGCAAUUACGGCUGCGCUGGCUUUGGUGGUUCUUGAUUUCAAAGACGGUAGGCCAUGCUUGGAGAAGGUUUCAUAUUCACUUCUGGUAUUCUUCUGUGGAAUGUUUAUAACGGUAGAUGGCUUCAAUAAAACUGGAAUUCCAAGUGCUUUUUGGGACUUGAUGGAGCCCUAUUCUAAAGUAGAUAGUGCCAGUGGAAUAGCAGUGCUCGCCAUAGUCAUCCUUGUCCUGUCAAAUUUGGCUUCAAAUGUACCAACAGUUCUGUUGCUGGGGGCGAGGAUUGCAGCCUCGGCUGCUGCAAUCUCAAGUGAAAAAGAGAAGAAGGCAUGGCUCAUCUUAGCAUGGGUGAGCACAGUCGCAGGAAAUCUGUCCCUCUUGGGAUCAGCAGCGAACUUGAUAGUGUGUGAGCAAGCUCGCAGAGUACCUGACCUUGCUUAUAAUCUGACCUUCUGGAACCAUCUCAAGUUUGGACUCCCUUCUACUCUCGUGGUCACCGCCAUCGGUUUGAUCCUUAUCAGAUGAUGCAUGUAUCAUACACGCACCUUCUUUUUUUUUUUUUGGGGAAAAAAGUUAGUUUACACAUUUAUCUGGGAUUUGGUGUUAUUGAAUUAGAUUCAAUAUUAUCGGGUUCUGAAUGAGGGUAACUCUUUUAAGUGGUUUUUUAAUUAUGGACAAGCUUUUAACCAUAAUCCACCUCGUUUGAAAGAAAUUAAA